AUGGAGAAGGCAUUGAAGAGGGGAUCAGAUGAAGAAGCCGCUAAAAGGAGGUUUGUCAACCGUGAGGACGAACGCCAGGAGAUCAAAUGGCCCGAUCCAGAGCUGCUUUGCUUCAUCAAGGAGAGCAUGUCCUGUUGGUGGGGGCGGCACCAACACAUCACAUCCCGCAGGAGGGUCCUGGCGGAAGGACCAGAGCGCAAAGGUUGCAAGAUCUCCCCACACCCAAGCUUAUACGUCAUGUGGCCGGAUACCACAGACCAGGAUCCGACGCAUGUGCUGAAGGAGAAGCUCGCCACGCUAGAGCGCCUUGCGGCCCACAUGGCAAACGAGGUCGAGUGGCGUCUUGUCGACGGUUACUACUCCAGGCUCGCGGAGUAG